AAAGAAGACUGAUGAAGUGCCGGCACGGCACAGCAUUAUUUUUGUUUUCGUAAAACAUGUUUAAUAAUUAAAAUUAUGUCUGCAAUAAAAAAUAUACGAAACGCUGCUAUUGCAUAUAAAACGCUGAAUGGAUUAUUGUGCGUAUAUAAGCCAGCCUGUGUGUCACUGCAGCAACUACAAAAUACCGUCAUAACCAAUUUGUGCCGGGAUCUAAAUGCUUUACCUGACCGACCACUAGAAAAAAGAGUAGAGAUCCAAGGGCCUACAAACGAUGCAAUGACGGUAAAGCUGGUCACAAACUAUGCUGAUGACCCUUUGGUGUGCGGGCCACGGUACAUUAAGGAGGACUUUCGAUGCAGUUGGGCAACACAUUUAGGGUUAUUUUCUAGUGGUGUUUUAUUAUUAGGGAUAAAUGAUGGCACUAAACUUACUUACUUAAUCAACACAGCGAGAUUAACCAGGGCUUAUAAAGUUCAUGGGCAGUUAGGGAAAGCUACUGACACUUAUUUUUGGAAUGGCAAAACUGUAGAGAAAUCCUCGUUUGGCCAUGUUACAAGAGAAAAAAUUGAUAAAGUCAUUGCACAUAUGCAAGCUGCACACCAGAAAACUAUGUUUGAAAUGUCUGGGCUUCAUAUGGAAUCACAAACUAUGUUUGAUUUGGCUUCCCAAGGUUUGAUUCGACCGGCCAGCAAUAAGCUACCUGUUAUAUAUGGCAUUAAAUGUGUUCAUUUUAACUCACCAAACUUUACAUUAGAAAUACAAGCUACUAAUGAAUAUGACAAGUAUUUGUGGACCCUUAUUCAUGAUCUAGGAGUGCAAUUGAAAACAUCAGCAUAUUGUACUGGAGUUCAAUGCAUUCGACAAGGCAAGUUUGAUCUAAAGUUGGCGCUACUACGGAAACAUUGGCAGUUACAAUAUAUUAUACAAAAUAUGGACAAAUGUAGGAGUAUCAUGGAAGAAAACAGUUUAUUAUUAAAACCAAAAUCAGCAUCACUAGCCCUGUAAUGAAUAUGAAGAUGAAAUAAUACUAAACUACAAAAAUCUAAACAUUUGUUUCUUAGGUUUUCACGCAC